AUGUGUGGUGGGAAUGGGGGUCCAACAGGAUCUCUCUUUCCUCAUCAUGGUACAUUUGAAGUAAUAAAAAAUACAGAUAUUGAUCUGGAUAAGAAGAUACCAGAAGAUUACUGUCCCCUUGAUGUCCAAAUUCCUAGUGAUUUAGAGGGGUCUGCAUACAUAAAGGUUUCCAUUCAAAAGCAGGCUCCAGACAUAGGGGAUCUUGGCACAGUGAACCUCUUCAAACGGCCUUUGCCCAAAUCCAAACCAGGUAUGGAUGUGAUAGUUUGUGCUUAUCUGUAUUUUACAUUAUGUGCUUCUGUUCUUCUCUUUUUACAAAUAGAUUUGCAGUUAUCUAUUUCUUUGUGCCAUUCCUCAAAUGAUAAGAAAUCCCAAAAAUCUGCUUCUGAGAAACAAAGUCCAGAAGACCACCUCUAUGUCUUAGAGCAUAAUUUACACCUACUGAUUAGAGAGUUUCAUAAGCAGACCUUGAGUUCCGUCAUGAUGCCGCACCCAGCCAGUGCACCUUUUGGCCACAAGAGAAUGAGACUUUCAGGUCCUCAAGCCUUUGAUAAAAAUGAAAUCAACUCGUUACAGUCGAGUGAAGGACUUCUGGAAAAGAUAAUUAAACAAGCAAAGCAUAUUUUCCUGAGGAGUAGAACUGCUGCAACCAUUGACAGUUUAGCAAGUCGCAUUGAAGAUCCUCAGAUACAGGCUCACUGGUCAAAUAUCAAUGACGUUUACGAAUCCAGUGUGAAAGUGUUAAUCACAUCGCAGGGUUAUGAACAGAUAUGCAAGUCCAUUCAGCUUCAGUUGAAUAUUGGAGUUGAGCAAAUUCGAGUUGUACACAGAGAUGGAAGAGUAAUUACACUGUCUCAUCAGGAGCAGGAGCUACAGGAUUUUCUUCUGUCUCAGAUGUCACAGCACCAGGUGCAUGCGGUGCAGCAGCUGGCCAAGGUGAUGGGCUGGCAGGUCCUCAGCUUCAGUAACCACGUGGGGCUCGGCCCCAUAGAGAGCAUCGGCAACGCCUCUGCCAUCACUGUAGCCUCCCCGAGUGGGGACUACGCCAUUUCAGUUCGGAACGGACCUGAAAGUGGCAGCAAGGUCAUGGUUCAGUUUCCCCGAAACCAGUGUAAAGACCUUCCAAAAAGUGACGUUUUACAAGACAGCAAGUGGAGUCAUCUUCGCGGCCCACUUAAGGAAGUCCAGUGGAAUAAGAUGGAAGGCCGCAACUUUGUUUAUAAGAUGGAGCUGCUCAUGUCUGCACUUAGCCCUUGUCUACUGUGAGUUUUUCCAGAACAACUUCCAGGGUUUUUUCUAUAAAUAUUUCAAGAAGCUUUGACUGAAAUGCUUACAAAUUAGCUAUAAGCACAAAGAAGAAUACAUCUUCUGAAGGAGUAUUGUUUUAAAAAUAUAAUUAGGCCCAGUAUGGUGACACACACAUGAUUCCAGUGCUUGGAAGAUAAGGGCAGGAAUAGCUUGAGUUCAAGACCAUCCUGGGCACAUUGUGGAUGAAAUCAAGAGGAGUCUGGACUGCAGAGUGAGACUGUCCAAAAAAUCAAACAAGCAGAAGUAAAUGCCCGAAAUAUAAAAGCCCAACAACAAUAAUUAAUACAUUUUUAUCUAGCAGUUUGAGACUUUGCACUUUGUGAGUGCCAAGUACUUUGAGAUGCAGAAAUUAUGUACAGUGCCGGUGUACCAUAUGGGGAGAUGUGAAUAUACUUUUUUAUACAGUUAACCUGAAAAUGUUAGUAACUUAAGGGUAUGAGUAUGCUUUGUAGAAUAUCUCUUCUUUGAUACUAACUUCAAAUAAAAUGUAUAAUUAAAAAUCUUCCAAGUA